AUGGGAUCUGGCAUGUACAAAAUCAACAUGAUGUUCAUCCGCCGACCUAAAGGCGACGAAAUGGAUUCUAAUGUCGAAUUCUUCAUCGACGUGGCGCCUAAUCAAAUUCUUGUCACAGUCCAUCAAAGAAGCGUGGUUCUUGAUGAUAAUCACGCCAUCACAAUAACUCUUCCCAACGAACGGCAGGGAGGAUCAGCACUUGAAGUACCUGGUCUGGGCAACGUUCAUGUUCUCGCAUCCCUACUUCCACCUUUUUCAGUGGGAAGAAAUGGGCCUUCUCUGUCAAGAUCAAGACAAUACCCAGCCAUAAACAUGACAUCAGAUGAUCACCCUGGAAUGCAGUGGCAGCUACGACCUCAAGAUGUCGGCUCACUCUGCUACCAUCUAACGGAACUCGACCAAAGAAAUCACGGUGAAGAAACGGAGUCACAUAUCAUGGCAGUCUAUCACCACGCUGGAGGUCAUCCCCACCACCCGGUUGACCACAGUGAGGGAGUUCUGCUUCUGCCUCAUAGUCGGGACCCACAACGAGAAAUGGUUGCUAUCGGACUUGUGUUCCUCCUUCUGUGGCAUAUAAGAGAUCUUGAAUACUCCAAAGAGAAGAUUCUAUCGAAGUUGCUUGCGAGACUGGGACCGAGAAAGCCGUCUGGUUAG